AAAGUCUUUUCAUGAAACCUUUACAUCAGUUGUGCUUAUUGUUGGAAUCAUGUUCAAAUAAAGUGCCAUGUGGGCCAGUUAUUACAAACCGUUAAGUCUGAUAUGGUGAUACGCCACAUCAUCUUUCAUGCGUUUGAAUCCAUAACAGGCAAUUAAAUUGAGAGGCGUGGGGACAUUAACAACGGGCGUCUGAACAUGGGCUACUAAUAAUAUAAUAUUUUCUACAAAUCCAUGUCAAACACACAGAUCAUAAAAUAUCCUGUAAUACCGGAAUACUCUAAAAGCCUCCUUCCAUUAGUCGACGCCGACUUAUAAGGUUUUUUGCAUGUCCAUUUUAAAACGAGCGGCGCAACAGCCGAACGGUGCAGGAACUGCUCGCCUAGCGCUGGCAGCAGUCUGUCAACAGGCUGAGCAGGAGAGCGGAGGCUGGUGUAGACGCGUCUCUACAGCGGGCAGCCGAGCCCAGCCGAGACGAGCCGUGACCCGGCCGCAGCCGGACGCCAGUUAGCCGGAGACACGGCAGCUAAGGAUUAUGAUACCCGAGACUUGGUGUGACCCAGUGCAGGCAGUGAGACAGAGGAAGAUUGAAUGGCACUGAAGAUUCGAGGUUGCCGGGGGUUCGCGGCACUGCAAUGACUGCCCGGAGCAGCAGCCAUGCCGGCAGACUGGGUCCCGUGUCCACACGGCCGGCCGCCGCGCCCAAGCUGCAGGUCCAGCGCUCGUUGUCGCGGGAGACCAUCACCAUCCACUUCUCCGCCCUCGGCAAGGAGGAAGAGGAGGAAGAGGAUGAGCUCUAUGGGGUCGGCACGUCCACUUCCGCUGCCGAGGGCCUGGAUUAUGAAUCCCACGGCGUAGUUACGGCUCUGGAGGCCUGCGAGGACCUCCAGUUUGAGGGGAGCGGCUCGGACUCCUCAGUCCCCUUGAGCGAAGCGGCAGUGCUGCCAGUUUCCUCCACCACGCUCCCCCCUGUCUCCGGGCCCCAGCAGUCGGCUCCCCACUCCCAGAGCCCCGCCCUCUCCAUUUUGGCCAGCUCUUUUGACACCCCCUGCAGUUCUACCACGGUCAGCUCCUCUUGGCCCUCGGGACAGAAGACGCCAGCCCCGCCUCCCACCCCCUCCUGUGCCUCCUCGGGCUCCUCCCCCUACAAAUCGGCCUUGCCUUCCAUCGACAAGCCCUUAAUGAGCCUGGUAAAGUCCCUGUCCACGGAAGCAGAGCCUCGGGAGGGCUUGGCCACACCCCCCACCGUGCGCCACCGGCAUCUGAUGAAGACGCUGGUGAAGUCACUGUCCACAGACACCUCCCGGCAGGAGCCGGACGUCGUGCAUUACCGCCAGCCGGACUCGCGCCUCAACCUGCACCUGUUCAAGCCGUUCGCUCAGCCGCGGGUCACCGUGGCGGGCGACUCCAAGACGGCACCAUCCUCGCCUCUCACGUCGCCGGACAGUCGCUCCUUCUUCAAGGUGUCGGAGGUGGAGGCACGCAUCGAGGACACCAAGCGGCGCCUCUCCGAGGUCAUGUACGAGCCCCUGCAGCUGCUCAGCAAAAUCAUGGGCGACGAAAGCGGGGCCUCAAGCGGCCCCAGGCACAAGGCACUGUCCUCCAGCGCCUCUGAGCUCUGCAACCUGGCCAGCAUUAACGGGCACCUAGAGAGUAACAACAACUACAGCAUCAAGGAGGAGGAGUGCGACUCGGAAGGAGAGUGCCUGGCAGGCGAGGAGGCCCCCACAGCCGGGGCCCCGGGCCCUCGGACGACCACGUUUGCCCUGGAGAAGUGCUCCAUGUCGGCUCUGGCCCGGCAGGAGGACGAGGAGUUCUGCGAGCUGUAUAGCGAGGACUUCGAGGUGAACACCGACACAGAGACUGAUGGGGAUGGGCAGGAGGAAGUGGUGCCCGCCUCUCCCUCUGCCCGCCGGGUCAGCGCCACCGCGAGCAUGGGCGCGGGCGCCCGUGGCAGCGACGAAGUCGAGGAGGAGGAGCCGCCGCCUGCCAUCCCCCAGGCCACCCUGCUUGCCCUCACCAUCGCCAUCUAUGGCUACUUCGUGUUACCCCUGCCCACCUACGUCGGUGGGAUGCUGCUGGGCGUGGCCCUCGGCUUCAUGUUGGCCAUCGGCGUCGUGUGGCUGGCGGCCCCUGGCCGGUCGGGAUCCAGGCCCCGGCACAGGAAGCUGACGGCCGAGCAGUGGAAUGUGGCACGCUUGGACAUAAAGGAGCCCAGCAUGUUCAAGGGCUGGAUGAAUGAGAUCCACAACUACGACCCGGAGACGUACCACGCCACUCUGACCCACUCGGUGUUCGUACGCCUGGAAGGCUCCACCCUCCGCCUCUCCAAGCCCAACCGCAACAUCGCCCGCCGGGCCACCGUCAACGAGCCCAAGCCGGACAUCACCUACAUCAGCCAGAAGAUCUAUGACCUGACAGACAGCAAGAUAUAUCUGGUGCCCCCAAGUCUGGCGCGGAAGAGGGUGUGGAACAAAAAGUACCCGAUCUGCAUUGAGCUGGGCAAGCAGGACGACUUCAUGUCCAAGGCGGAAGCGGACAAGGGGGACGCCGGGGAAGAGAGAGCCACUCCCGCAGAGAAGGAGGCAUGUGGGACGGGGGAGGAUGCCAAGAGGGCCCCCGCGACACAGGAUGGGGCGCGGGCGUCGGUCCACAAGGAGCAGACCCUCUACCUCUUCGGGAGGACAGGUAGAGAGAAGGAGGAAUGGUUCAGACGAAUGCUGGUGGCAUCCAAGCUGAAAUCAGAUGCCAAGAAGCCUACCAGUCUUCCUGCAAGCAAGAGUGCCAUGCUGACCACUCACAGCCGCAGCAGCAGCAGGGGCAGCCUGGACGAGCUGCUGGCCGGCCAGCCGCGGCAGAAGGAUCUCGCGGGCGGCGGGCGGCAGAAGAUGCUGCUGGACUACGAGGUCUUCAUGGCCAAGUACAUGCCCCCGCAGCCAGGCAGCCCGGCUGGCAGCCCCAUCCACAGCGCCGAGAGCAGCCCUGGAGCGGGCAAGAAGCUGCCCAGUCGCCCUGGGCCGGAGGAGGAACCCGUGGCUUGGGUGAAUGCUUUGGUUGGCCGAAUCUUCUGGGACUUCCUGGGUGAGAAGUACUGGGCUGACAUGGUGUCCAAGAAGAUCCAGAUGAAGCUUAGCAAGAUCAGGCUGCCGUACUUCAUGAAUGAGCUGACCUUGACCGAGCUGGAUAUGGGUGUGGCCGUCCCCAAGAUCCUGCAUGCAUCUGAGCCCUCUGUGGAUCAUCAAGGCCUGUGGUUUGACCUGGAGAUCUCCUACAACGGCUCUUUCCUGAUGACGCUGGAGACCAAGAUGAACUUGGUGCGCCUGGGGAAGGAGGGGGACGCUGUACGCCCCGGCGAGCCGGGCAAGGACGGGCACAGGCCGCGGACAUACUGUCUAGCUGACAGCGACGAGGAAUCGUCCAGCGCCGGGUCAUCUGAUGAGGAGGACCCCCCCGAAAUUCCCCCGGACAAGAACCCGCUGCCGGGGGCAGAAGGAUACGUCGGGGGACACAAACCCAGCAAGAUCAUGCGCUUUGUGGACAAGAUUACAAAGUCUAAAUACUUCCAGAAGGCCACAGAGACAGAGUUCAUCAAGAAGAAGAUGGAGGAGGUGUCUAACACACCACUUCUGUUGACCGUUGAGGUGCAAGAGUGCCGGGGGACGCUAGCUGUCAACAUUCCCCCACCCCCCACAGACAGGAUAUGGUACGGCUUCAGGACCCCACCUCACCUGGAGCUGAAAGCCCGACCAAAACUGGGAGAAAGGGAGGUCACCCUCGCACACGUAACGGAUUGGAUUGAAAGGAAACUGGACCAGGAGUUCCAGAAAAUCUUUGUCAUGCCAAAUAUGGACGACGUGUGGCUCCACAUCAUGCACUCCGCCAUGGACCCCCGCUCCGGCUCCGGCCCCGGCCCCGUCGCCGAGGAAACGGAAUCAGCCAAGGACACGGACUCCAUGGCGACAGAGCCGCUGCCCAUCGGUGACAUGUGAAGUGUGGCUGUUUACAGUAUAAGGCCAUGGAGAGGCAAGAUAGGAGAACAAUGGUGGCCUCCGCCCCCACCCCCGGAGCGUCACGCCCAGAGCCACCUGUGCCACAUUGCAGGAGGUGGGGGCCCAACUCUGUCAGAACGGGAGGCCGCUAAGCUUCGACCUCUCGGCCCCCUGCUGCCCUUCUUUCGAAGGAGCCGUGUCAAACCGGCCCAACCGUGAAGUGUAACAAACUUGCUGCUUGCUGUUCACCUGGACACAUGAAGAAAAGACUUUGACAUAUUUAUAACUGUGACCUGGCUAGUUUCUAGAGGGGGUUGAUUAGAAGAAAUGGGAUAUAGUCCUUUGGAGCACCUCAGUAAUGCAUUCACCCAUCUCCUUAUGUCCUGAAGUAAGGUGUGGGACACAAAGCGGCGAUCAGUGUUUAUUCUGUAAGGAAGGGGAAGAGAGAAGAUUAGAACAGGGAACCGUGAUGGCUUGAUCAUUGGCUUUGAGCGGAGCGCCUUUCCUGUCAUGUUGGACGCAAUGAUGUCUUGGUGUUUACCUGACGUGGGUGUAGCAGCGCACUGGACCCUCCAGGUAGGACCACCAGUGUGGAGCGAAUCAGGCAGCGUGUCCUGCUGGGCCUUUCAGCACUUAACGUUUUAAGGAAAGCGAGCUGCUUGGAGUCGCUGGUGUAGAUGGGUGUCUUUGGCCACGCCCUUGCACCCGUCUCCCACCUGCCCCCGAGACGUCCCCCUCGGUCGGUGAAAGAAUCCAGGGGUACCGGUGUCCAUGAUCCAUGGCAGCCAACCAACCGGCCCUGCCAUCGGACUCCCCCUUACCGGGACUCUUACAGUCGACCUUAUGGGCGAGGGCGGCGCGUAGACUGAUGUGUCUUUGAUUUGUGAGUGUCGUCGGCAGUUUGGUUUCUAGGGUGGGGGUGGGGGGAGUGGGGUGGUGCGCAAAGACAACUGACACCUUAGCGAUCGUAGAGCUACAUGUAUCUAAAAGAUGAAUGUAGUGGCCUAACACUUUUUAAUGAAUGUAUGACGACUCGUGAGCAAUUGACAUUGUUCUGCGUCCAAAUGCAGUUCUGCAUUAACAGUGUAAGUUACUAAAGCUAGCAAACAAGAUCUUCACGCAACAACCUCCUCAAUUACUAUAUUUUGCUUUUUUCUUUUUUUUUUACCCUCCAUGUUUUCUAUGCUCGCUACUUUGUAUAGAUGCACAAAGGUGAACUAGACAUGCCAAGCGCGACCUCAUUUCUCUGAACGUAUCCUGAUGAAGGACUUAAAUGCCAUCACCUAGUGACUUUAAAAUAGCCAUAAUUAACUCCUGGUGGUCAUUUUAUUUGAUUAUCAUUAGCAGAACCAUUCAGGUAAUAGCAUAUCUUUCAAAAAGAGAUUAAAUACAAUCAUUGUGCCCUGCCCAACACAAGCCACCCUGUAUCUCUCAGCACUGUGAGAGCGCAAGCUGAUUUAGAUAGUAAAUAAUCUUGUUAACACUAACGUGUCAUUGUCCUGCACACUUUUCUGAAAUGGUUAUACUUUAAAGUGUAUUUAUUUUUAUACAGUAGUGGCUUAUUUGAGUGAUCGUUUUUGCCAAACUCGGUACAUAAUUUUCACACCUUUCCUUUUCGGCAGAUCGUGGGCAAGCGAGAUGCGAGUCGCUGUAUGUAUUGGCCCAAAUGCACUGUGUAUGUUUGUGGUGGAGGGUUUUGGGGGAUCCUACAGAGGGGCAGAUACUUAAUAUUUCUUGCCCUUUAAAAUGCCCAUGCUUGUGAUUUUGACACCUCUUGAUUUCCUGAUGUCAGCAUAGUUUAUAAGGCCAAACGCAUUCCUAGGGUUGUUUUAUAUGGCAGAGCUAAGUUUGAUUGUUUUUUUUUUUUGUAUCAAAUUACUUUUUAUUUAUUUACAAUUAUUUAAUCAGACAUCUUUUGAUAUGAUAAUGAUUUUUGGAUUGCAUCUGGACAAUUAAAGCUUAUUUCCAAAUUGAAACUUGGUAUUAAUUUUCUCCAUUGAAUUGUAGGGUGUUUUUUAGAGCUGGGUUCUUGGGUGUGUGUCAGGAAAUCGCUACUUUUAAGCAAGACCUGAGACAGGUUAAGUGCUGAAGAAUUGGACUAAUGAAAGGUCUAGUUGAGUGCCGUGUGUGUGUGUCAAGACCGUUCAUUUGCCUCCUCAUUUAUGUUUUCAUUAUGUUGAAAAUAUGCCUUUUUCCUGAAGUAGUGUUACAAGUGUUAUUUGUUGAAUGGUGCUUCUUUUGAAUAUGAGAACCCUAUUGCCCUUGCCAUUUUGCCCCCCCUCCCCCCAAAAAAAAACAAAAAAACUUUGAUUAUUGCCGUCAGGUUAUGGUGUUAACAGAAAAUUGCUUUUCAUUAUGCCAUUAAUUUAUUUGUGAUACAGUGAAGGAACAUUCCUAUUCACGUAUUUUCGUGAACCAAUAGUCAAUGUUUUAUGAAGGCUGCAUGUCAGUUUAAAGAAUGCCAUUUUCGGGUGUGCAAUAAUAUUUAUUUUCUCCUUUCAGCCAGGAUGAGAUUCACCAAUGUGUUGUCUAAUGUGCCGAGAGUUGCGUCCUAUCACGGUUCAGAGUUAUCACUAGGAUUUAGGCUUGUCGUUUUAAAUAAAGUUUCUCCUUCAUCCCUUCUG